GACAGGCUCCGCUCGGGUUCGCAUGGCUCCAGGGGAUGCUGCCAACCCCCUGGCGUGUGGCGCGGGGAGCGUGGGAUGCGCUGCCCACCGCUGCCCCUUGCUUCAUCGCUCGUCCCUAAGGCUUCUCCUCCACCCCGACCCUCCCGGCCCAGCCCCUGGAGCCACAGUUUGCUCUUUCUGACCCAACCCAGCCGCUCCCGGCAGCGCGGGAGGCUGGUUUGGGGAGGGUUGGGGCUGCGCCCAGGCUUUGCCAGCCAAUGUCCCGGCAGCAGCCGGAGCAGCGCCGGUGCCUCCCCACCAGCGCAGGGCUAUAAAUCCCUGCGCCGGGCGCCGCUCGCCUCCCGCCCUCCACCUCCGGUUGUCUGCUUUGAGCUGUCGGCUUGUUGGCAUCCCCCAUGGCAUCUCCCCUGGAGCAGUGUCUGGCCGUGAUGGUCUCCACCUUCCACAAGUACUCCGGGAAGGAGGGGGAUAAGUACAAGCUCAGCAAGCAGGAGCUGAAGGAGCUGCUGACGAAGGAGCUGCCCAGCUUCAGUAGCCAGGCCAGCGAGGGCAGCCUGCAGAAGCUGAUGAGCAACCUGGACGCCGACAGCGACAGCGAGGUGGACUUCCAGGAGUACGUCACCUUCCUGGCCUGCAUGGCCAUGAUGUGCAACGACUUCUUCCUGGACUACCCUGACAAGAUGCCACGCAAGAAGUAACCCCCGGGGCACGGUCCCCAGGCUGCCCUGCCGCUCCCCUGCCCCUCCCAGUCUCGUCCCGACGCCCUCUUAAUAAUAAAGGUUGC